AUGGAAAUAGAACUUGAAAAUAUAGCUCAACCGAAUAGAGCUGGACGAGCUCAACAGGUGGGUAUGGAGCAACUAAAACAAAUGGUGUAUAUGAUGAUGAAACGAAACGAGGAUUGGGCAAAAGAGAUGACUGAAAUGCGCAAGGAAAUAGUUGCAUUGCGCAGAGCUAGGGGUGAAACAGUAGCACCGCCAGAAGAAGUAAAGUUACCAAAGUGGAGUAUACCAGAAAUGUUUUCAAUGACAGCGCACAGGCAAGAUUUACAGGUAGAAGAGCAGGUGGAUCGUGUUAGAUCAGACAAACCAGAUGAUCUUGGUUGUGACGUGGAAACGUUAGAUCAACAUGAGGAGUCCUCGAAUUUUACACCCUUGAUAGGUGAUUGUCUGUGUACACGUGAUGAGAAACUUAAAGAUUUACGUAGUGUAAAUUUUGAAGAAACGCCCAGAGAUGUUUUAACGCAAGAUGUAAAUAUGAGGCGAGUGGAUGUAAUUCAAGCAUUAACCAAUAGAAAUAUUAACCACUCGGAUGUACAAGGCAGCGUACAUACUAUAGAAGUAAAUCUGAAUAGUUCAAUGUUAGCUACUGGUGCACAUAACUCUUCAGAUAGGGCUGUUUGUCGUUUACCGACCCGUGAUCCAGUCUGCUUAGGCGAAAAUAGAUAUCAAAAGGUAGUAAUGGAAAAGUGUUGGUCAGAUGACGAAGUUAUAGUAUCAGGUUCUGAAGUCUCCCGUUUAGCACUUGGGUGUGCUAAUGAAGAUGACAUAAAGUUUCCGGACUGUGGUCCUAUUUUUGAUACAAUUAAUCCAAUAUUUGUGAAGGAUUGUCAUACAGAGAAAAGAUUAUGGUCAUUGUGUUCCAAUAACGAAUUUAAGGAAAUAGCUGCGUUAUCGCUAAAUGAUUAUAUGCACAUGUUUAAUGUUGAAACUUUCAAACAAAAAUUUUCUCGUAAGCUGACAGACUGUCAGUAUAACGUUAUCUUAAUUUAUUAUUUUUAUAAACUAUGUGUAGUUGCUUAUCGAUCGUUUAUAAUGUUAUCAGAUGCAAGAACCUUGCAGAAUAUUAGAAAACUGACAUCUCGCGAUAUGGGUGGUGAUACACGUGAUACCAGUCCUGAAGGCAAUUUGAUUACUAUAUGCACAGGAUUAGGCAUAUUGUUAUAUAGCGAAGGAGUUGUUUAUGCUGAAUAUGAAAUAGAUGUGUUUCAACAAGUUAAAUAUCAGAAAGUCACACACUGCUAUGAUAACAUUAGAAUAAGUAUAUUUACUGCUGGUGGGCCGUUACUUGUUUUACUAGUAGAACUGAUGGUUGGUAACAGCAAUUGUAAAGCGUCCUUGUAAGGGAUAAUUAAUCAAAUGAAU